AUGAGUGCCUGUGUUGUUUCUGCUCGGCCUGCGGGGAGUUCGGUCACACUAAAGACCGCUGCAUCCAAACAAAAUGCCACGAUUGCCAUGGAUGGCAUGACGCUGAUGGAUAAAGAUGGUCAAAUCAAGCCCCAGACUACAGAGGCGAUUCCCAUAGCGCCUUCGGUGCGGCACAAUAGUCUUGGGGUUGUUGAUCGUCUAUCAAUCCUGCGCCAUCUUAUCUCAAAGACCAAGCAAAAGUACAACGACAGAUACUCUAAGAUUCUAAACUCGGCACAUUUGGAUGUUGAGGCCUUACUGGAUAAUAACUUGAGUCUUAGUGUGAAAGAUCUCUGCGAGAGAGGGCACUUCACUCUUUCCAGCUUGAUUGCCCUUGGUGGAAGCCCAGAAAGCUCCCAAGAAGCCGGGGUCUACCUUCACAUCCUAUGGAAGCAGAGUAUACCCAGCUGCUUUUGGCUAUAUGUUGGGCAAGCUGGAGUUUUCUGUGUAAGAAUCGGCACACACAACAACCCGUGGCGCCGGCAGCGACAAAGGUCGUUACAUUACACGAUAUGGCAUUCGGAAAGUGAUAUGGAAUCGGUAUUCGUCAAACUUGCUGUGCACGACGCCUUCAGCUCCGAGGAAGGCCAAUUAUUACUGAACCUCCAAGAGAUGUGGAUGAGCCUGGUCUUCCAAACUCUUAGGGGUUUCCAUCUAAAUGAGUUUUUGCCACCUGGUUCGAACAAGCUAUGGGCAGGAAAUCAUCUGAACGUUUCCAUACCGCUGUGGCAAAGUUUCACUGCCAUUCCAAACGCGGAAACCAAAGGAGGAAGCCUCGCUUUCAAAGAGUAUCUGUGCCACAAGGACCCAGCUGUACGCCAUUGGGCCGAAGACGCCCGUGAUGCCUUUAAUGACCUCCGCAACUCCCCAGAUCCUCUUCUCCGUCGUUACUAUCUGGAUCUUAACCAGGGAGCCCGGAAGACCGCGCGUGCAGCAUGGGAGAAGAAGAAGUAUGAAGAGCUACGAGAGUACCUAUCAGGGAAAGUAGCAAUCGUUACAGAGAGCCAUGAUGGGGAAUUAAGUGAGGUCAGCGCCGGAAGCUUUCGAUUUACAAUUUCACGAAAGCUGGGCUUGAAUGUCGAUGGUGGUGACAAGGUUUUGCUCAAAAUGCAUUUAGCAGAGACUAGCCCUCAUCCACGUGCCUAUGCCCAUAAGGCGAGGUUAGACGAACCUGCAAGUCGAUUGGCAGUGUCUAUCGAAGGAGUACGUGGGGAUUUCUUUGAGUGGUUGACAACAAGUGGGAACCUGAAUGUCCAAAAGAUGAAUUCGUUGGUGGAUGUUCUGGAAGGACUAACCCUGGAAGAGAGUGAAUCUCUCCCGCGGCGCUGGCAUGUGAGGCGCAUGAUUCCGGGA